AUGAUGGAGACGCUUCCAGCCCUUCCCGCCGACAUAACGACCGAAUGGCUGAGCUCCAAGUUGGGGCACAAGGUCAAAUCCAUCGAGAACACAAGCAACAUCUGGGGCACGGCCAGCAAGCUGUUUUACACCAUCACCUAUGAAGAUGAUGGAGACAGCGCCGAAAGACCGACCCAUAUCUGCAUCAAGGGCGUCUUCGACCCAAAGAUGAUAGAGGCUCAGCCGUGGACCGUCAGCCUGGCACAGCGAGAGUCCGAGUUUUUCUCUGACAUUGCGCCCCAGGUGAAGAAUAUGAUCUUCCCGACCGGGUGGUGGGCUGGCAAGAGUGAAAAGCAGGGCAUUGCUAUCAUGAACGAUCUGACCAAAGAAGACUGCUCCUUUGCUGCUGAAGUGGCCUCGUACCCCGUUGAGAAAGUCAUGAACGGAGUCGCGCAGCUGGCCGGCCUUCAUGCGCAGUAUUGGGGCCAGAGUCAGGAGAAUCUUCCCUGGAUCUGGAACAACUACGACCCGGCCAUGAAAUUCAUGUGCACUCCGUGGCACUCCGUAGUCCGAGAGCCCGGCAGACCCCAGCUGCCAGAAUAUCUGAUGGACGGGCAGCGUUGCAACGAGGCGCUGGACCGCUACUACGCCGAGCGCAACCCGCGCUUCCGUACGCUACUGCACGGCGACACGCACAUUGGUAACAUUUAUUUUACCGCCGACGGACAGAUUGGGUUCCUGGAUUGGUCGGCUUUCCACUUUGGCUCGUGCUUCCAUGAUAUUGUGUAUUUCAUGACGGCCAUGCUCAGUAUCGAGGACCGCCGCGCCCACGAGAUGGAGAUCCUCGACCACUACCUUGAGACGCUGCAUCGCCUAGGCGGGCCAAAGUUUGACCGCCACAACGACCCCGAGGUUAUGAUUGAGUACCGUCGCUCUUUCAUGACCAACGUCAUCUGGCUGAUCUGCCCCGAUGGUUUGCAAUCCAAGGAGCGCGUGGCCGCUCUGUGCGAGCGCACUGUGGCAACGUACAAUGACCACAAGGUCAUUGAUGUCAUUCUCAGCCAGCCCAAGCCCGCAGCCGCCGGUGCCGCUACUGCCUGA